AUGGAUACUUUUGGCUAUGGUAUACGUACAAAAUUCGGAGCUUGGAACGUUCGAUCCUUGUAUGGCGAAGGAAGAGACGAACAGCUAGAGCGCGAAAUGCUUCGUCUUAAGAUCAGUAUCCUGGGCAUUAGUGAAACAAAGUGUAGAGGAAGAGCUGAAUACAGAUCUGACACUGGACAAACAAGAAUGCUGUAUUCCGGAGAGGAUGAAAGAGAGAAUGGCCAAAGGCUGCAUGGUGUUGGAAUUAUGUUGAACGAAGUAGCUAGGCGCAGUCUUAUUGCCUGGCCACCAAUAUCUGAAAGAAUAAUGACUUGUUAUGCCCCCGCAAAUGAAGCGACCGAAGAAGACAAAUCCACGUUCUACACUCAUCUUACCUCGGCUUACAGCAGUGUUCCAAAAGCCGAUAUCAUAAUCGUCAUGGGAGACCUCAACGCUCAAGUCGGUGCAGACAACGAGUUAUGGGAAAAAAUGGCUAGGGUUCACGUAAUGAAAAUGGUGACAUGCUUUUAUGGUGAUACCGAAAAUCAAAUUGGUCACAUUAUGAUUCAGCAGCAAUGGAAGAAGUCUAUGUUUCAUGUCCGAAAUAUAAGAAAUGCCGAUUUGGGAAGCGACCACCAUUUGGUUGUCAUAAGUCUCAAAUUGAAAACCGCGGCUGUAUUAAGACAAUCGCAGAAUGCAGCAAGAAAUCAAAAAUUCAUUACGAAUGCUUUAAGUGAUCCCAACAUAAGUCGUAAGGACACUAUUGGUAUCAAUUGA